AUGCCCCCGUUUGCUCUGUUCGCAGUGACCUUCGUCUUCGCUGCCCUGGGCCAGGGAUACCAGGACGCCCAGGCAAACGUCUUUGUGGCCGGCCUCGAGGGCGCCCAUCGCUGGCUGGGACUGAUCCACGCCAGCUACAGCGCCGGAUGUCUCGUCGGGCCUCUGCUGGCCGCUCUCGUGGCUACCCAUACCGAUGAAUGGAUGUACUUCUACCUGGUGCCGGGAGGGCUCGGCCUGCUCAACUUGCUGCUUGCCUGGUGGGCGUUCAAGGAGCACGUCUGCAUCUCGAUCUCAUGGAGCAGCAACACCAGCCCUACUAACGACUCCAAUGCUGAUUCUACUACCUCUACAUGGACAGAGAUGAAGCUCACGCUGCAGUGUAGGCCCGUCUGGCUGCUCAGCCUGUUCUACUUCUUCUAUCUCGGCGCCGCCAUCACCGUCGGAGGAUGGCUGGUCGAGUAUCUCGUCCAGGAACGCAAGGGAGAUCUCUCGCGUGUCGGAUACGUGCCCACGGGAUACUUCGGCGGCAUCAUGCUCGGCCGUCUCCUGCUGGCUGAACCGGCCCAUAGACUAGGCGAGAAACCCGUGAUUCUCGUCUGUUCGCUGUGCUGUUUGGCCCUGCAGAUCGUCUUCUGGCGUGUCAACAAUAUCAUCGCCGACAGCGUCGUCGUCAGCGUCUUUGGCUUCUUGUCAGGGCCUUUUUUUGCCUCGUUGUGCAAGAGAUUACUUCUAACGCCAGCAGGACUCAUCUUCGUCGUGGCUCAGGCUGGCGGAACGGUUUUCCCAGCAGUCACCGGCGCCAUUGCCUCCAAGGCUGGUGUCAGUGUCCUGCAGCCCAUCCUGGUCGGCCUCAUCGCUCUCAUGGGACUCAGCUGGGCCUUUGUCCCGAGCGUCGACAGGAAAAGGGAUUAG